AGAGAGAAAUAUAGACAUGUUACAGUCACAAUGUCAAAAGAGUUAGUUGCACGCAUUUGUCCUGCGAGUGCUGUUCCAGCGGUUCUUUAAUCCUGUAUGUAAAUGACAGCCAAUAGAUGCUGUUGUUGAGUUGGGCUGGGAUUAGCGGAGGCGAAUGACUUUCAAUUUUACUGGAUUACAGAACAAAGAAAGGGGAAAGGGGACACACUCCUCUGGUAAAGAAAACAGAAAGAAAACGGGCCAAAUUGAUCAAAUGAAUCACGUCGAUUGCAUUUCAACAGGCUACGAACCAUUCGAGAUUAUGACAUUUUACAAAGUCGCUGUCGCCUUUCUUUAGAUGGGAAUUCAGCUCUCACUGGUGGAUUAAACGGAGAAUAAACCUAUUCCGGGAUUGGCAGCAUUAAGAAGAAUGGCACAGAUACGGAAGCUUGGCUGUGAUGGGAUGAGGACCAACCCUCGGCCAGAGCUCAAAGUUCCCCAAGUGUCAGCCAGACAAGAAAUCCUCACCAGCCUAGUGUCUGCCCUGGGCUCUGUGUGCUCUGCCAUGUCUAAACUCAAUGCUGAGGUGGCCUGUGUCACUGUGCAUGAAGACAGCGUGAUCGCCGUGGGAACAGAGAAGGGAAGAAUCUUCCUAAACUCCAGAAAGGAAAUACAGACAGACUUUCACAAAUUCUGCAAAGUGUCCUGUCUGCAAGCAUUGACCGCCAUGAACUCCCACGCCAAAGUUCCUGAUGUGGACUGCAGCAGGACUGGCAAAGACUGCGGGCAGCAGGGCAGACAGAGAGCCUUAACAGACACUCAUUCCAACAUCUUCGUCCUGAGGAAGAUGGUGGAGGAGGUGUUCAGCGUGCUUUAUAGUGAGGCUGUUGGGAAGAGCAGCCUGGUCCCUGUGCCUUAUGACUGGAUUCUCAAGGAUCCCAGCUCAGUGGUUGUCUACGGCCUGCCUGAUGGUGUUUCUGUGAGAAAGCCUUCGGAAUACGACACCAGGACCUUAAUGAAGAUCUUAGAGCAGAGCAACCGCAUUCGCUUCAUAGUCAAAAGAACACCAGAGGAACCCUCUCGGGAUGCCAAAUACUGUCCGGAAGUCAACCAUCACUCUUCGACCUCAAAGAGCGUAAGCAACCACGCCUCUGUCAAACCCUCUGUGCAGGAAGCGUCUGCUAGCAACUCCAUGCUCUCCAGCUUCCUGUACGGCAUGCCCAUGUCCUCCCAGCCUCACCCAGACAGCAAGCUGGACCUGAAGCCCACAUCACUGCACAGCAUAGGUAAAGAGUGGCUGGGCAUGUGGGUGUCCGCUGACGAGAAAGCGGUUCAGGCCAAGGAAUGUGCUGACAAUGGCGAGAGAGUAGGGCUGGCAGCAGAUCUUACCCAGAGCCCUCCCAGCAUUCAUGUCUCCAAGCGCCUUCUGUUCUCCAUAGUGCAUGAAAAAUCAGAAAAAUGGGAUUCGUUCAUCAGGGAGACUGAGGAUAUCAACACCCUUCGAGAAUGUGUUCAGAUCCUCUUCAACAGUAGAUAUGCUGAAGCAUUAGGCCUGGAUCACAUGGUUCCUGUGCCAUACCGGAAAAUCGCCUGUGAUCCUGAGGCGGUAGAGAUCAUUGGAAUUCCAGACAAGAUUCCCUUCAAGAGACCAUGCACUUACGGUGUGCCUAAACUCAAACAGAUCCUGGAAGAAAGGCAUGCUGUCCGCUUUGUUGUUAAAAGAAUGUUUGACGAACGAAUUUUUACUGCUGCUGGUAAAGUAGCUAAGGAUGAGGGCAAACAGGAUGGUGCCGCUCCUGAGGACGGAUUCCCAGACGGCCUCAGGGUCCCGAGCUCUUCUCUAGAGCUGAUCAGCAACACUCACAGUAGCAGAUCAACAAGCUCCUGUGUCAGUCCUUUGGCUGAGUGUGAAGCAGGGCCAUCUGGGGACUGUCUUCCUUUGAAAAAGAUCAAAACGGAGCCCCCAGAUGGUGAAAUUAUCCAGGUGACAGUGCCAGAGUCCAAUACGUCUACAGAAGAGCUAAGUGAGCCUCAGGCCGAGCGGGUGACCCCUGACCUCUGUCGUCCCAAGGAGCCUGUAGCAGAAGAUUUAACGCCGAAGUCUACAACUCAAGGGCUCAAGAGAGCUGUUGAAGAAGACAUCGGAGAGAUGAUCCUUCAGCUGCGAAAUCAAGUCGAGAGCCUGUUCAGCUCCAAGUACAGUGAGGCUCUUGGUCUGCCUGAACCGUCUAAAGUGCCGUAUUCCAAGUUCCAGAUGUAUCCAGAUGACCUGUAUGUCACAGGGCUGCCAGAAGGGAUGACUUUUCGAAGGCCGAACUGUUUAGGAGCAGCAAAACUUCGGAAGAUUCUUGCCGCCAGUAGUCAGAUUACAUUUGUUAUAAAGAGGCCAGAAUUGUUGACAGAACAGGUCAAACAUGAAGGUGUCUCUAAGACGACCUCUGAUUCAGAGACUGACUCCAAAGACCAAUCAGAUGACCCGGGACUUGCCUCCAAAAGACCAGGAUUCUCAGACAGUUUAGAGGCCAAGCUCUCCCGUAUCGACUUGGCGAACACUCUGCGAGAGCAGGUCCAAGACCUGUUCAACAGGAAAUACGGCGAGGCACUGGGCAUUAAGUAUCCUGUGCAAGUGCCUUACAAGAGGAUCAAGAGUAACCCUGGCUCAGUGAUUAUCGAGGGCUUGCCCCCUGGCAUCCCCUUCAGAAAACCCUGUACCUUCGGCUCACAGAAUCUAGAGAGGAUAUUAGCGGUGGCAGACAAGAUCUCUUUCAGUAUUACAAGGCCUUUCCAAGGGCUUAUUCCCAAGCCAGCACCACGACGAAUAACCAUAUUGAAGAAAGGUUACACCCCAAUAAGUGGUAAGAAUAAGGCAUCAUUUAUGAUAGAUUUAGUGUUGUGGUUA